AUGGACUCCCAGAGCGUGGCGUCGCAGCUCUUCGCCGUCUCGCUCUUCCCCUACCUGGGAUUCCUCUACUUCAUGACCAGGUCCAAGACCGCGCCCCGGCUCACGCUCUUCGGUUUCUACUUCCUCCUCGCCUUCGUCGGCGCCACCACAAAAGUUCACUAUGGAACCUCGCUGUCUAAUGUGGACUGGCUCCACGGGAGCGCGGAAUCGCUACUUACUCUUACCAAUCUAUUUAUCGUUUUGGGGCUGAGGGGAGCCUUGAGGAAGCUGGAGAAAGAGGACACGAAUGGGACGAUUUCUGAAGCUUCUGAAGACAGUAAAGAAAAAAGCUCUGUCUAG